GCGAGCGGGACUCGCUGAGGAUUUUAUGAAAAUGGAAAAUUAUGAGGCGUUUGUAGGCUUUGAUCUCUGUCAGAUACCACUCUCCAGUGUUGCUCAGAAGAUUAUGUCUGCUCUGCAUUCAGGCAAUUUAGUGGAGUCUGUGAAUUGGAGAGAGAAUGAAAAGACUGCAGAAGUGGUGAACAAAUCCAGUGUUGAGCGUUCAGGACCGCUUCACGAUGGGAAGAAUCAGGCACUGGGGGAAAAGCGUCAUAGUUCUCUCACGAGCCAGACACCAGGGGCUUCCAUCAGACUCUCUCCUCGGCCCACCACCAGCAGACUGACCGAGCAGCUGCCCACGGACCAACAGCAGAACAUCAGCUCAGUGGCUCCUGCCAGUUGUCUGAUGCCCCAGCAUAACCGAGAGGCUUCCGUUCUACAGAAAAUGGAACAUAAAAGAAAAUACUUCCUUAAAAAACAUAUGAAUAAUGAAAAUGAAGAAAGCAUGAAUCUUAAAAGAAAACGUAUUACAUGUAAUAAUUCACCAGAGAAAACCACUGAACAGGAAGCACCGGGAGAUGCUGACAAGGUGGAAGUCUCCCCAAACUCGGGGGACUCGAGAGCAUUCAGAGACCACUUUUGUGACACCAGGUAUUUGGAUGAUUUGGAGAAAAGCCAGCUGAUUGGCAUGCUCAGACAGGCAGCAGCUGUGGUGGUAACUCUGCUGUAUAAGGAUGGUUCAACCCAGCUAAGAUCUGACCAGGCUCCGGCCCCGUCCGUUAAAGGGGUCGUCGCCCUGUUGCUGCAGAGCCGAGCAGGAGGAGGCCGUGGUCUUCCGGCUGCCGUGGCCGCUGGCCAGGGUCCGGAGGGAGGCUUCUCCCCCGGGGACCGGUGCAUCUACAUAAAAACGGAGCGCUCUUCUGUCUGGGGCCAGGAGCCAGAGGCUCACAGCCCGUUUGCCAGGAACUUGCUGUUUCGAAUACUGAAAUGUGGCUGUCCUGUCAUCUGUUACAAUGCUAAGGAUUUUGUGAGAACAGCGCUGCAGUUUUUGGGGGACGAUGGCAGUUGGAAGCAUGCUGCUGAGUUUACGGGGCUGGACCCCAGCGUUGCCGCCUGGCUCAUCGACCCUCGUGACGCUGCGCUGUCCUUUGAAGAUUUAGUGGCAAAAUACUCGGGGAACCCCAUCACAGUUAAAGUGAGCAGCACAUACGGGAACGCCUCGAAAAGUACUGUGCAUCGGAACAUACGUGCAAACCUGAGGAUUCUCUACAGGCUCACGAUGGACCUUUGUUCGCAGCUGAAGGUCUGCGGUUUAUGGCGGCUGUUCUGUACGCUGGAGCUCCCUCUGACACCGAUUCUGGCAGUGAUGGAAAGCCACAGCAUCCGGGUGAACCAGGAAGAAUUAGAGAGGACCUCAGCGCUUCUCGGGUCUCGUCUCAAGGAGCUGGAGCAGGAGGCCCAUUUUGUGGCAGGAGAGCAGUUUCUUAUAACAAGUAGUAAUCAGCUUCGCGAGAUCCUGUUUGGCAAACUGAAGCUGCACCUGCGGGGCCCAGCGGAGACACUGCCCAGGACCGGGCCGCAGAGACACUGGUCCACGUCUGAGGCUGUGUUGCAUGCUCUGCAAGACCUCCACCCGUUGCCCAAGAUCAUUUUGGAGUACCGGCAGGUUCACAAGGUCAAGUCCAGCUUCGUAGACGGACUGCUAGCUUGCGUGAACAAGGGCUCCGUGUCCUCCACGUGGAACCAGACCGGGACUGUGACCGGGAGACUCUCCGCCAAGCACCCGAAUAUCCAAGGAAUCUCCAAGCACCCGAUUCAGAUGACUAGACCUCGGGAUUAUAGAGGGUCGGCGGAGGGCACCCUCACCAUCGCCCCGAGGACCGUGUUCGUGGCGGCCGACGGGCACAGCUUCCUGGCAGCAGACUUUGCGCAGAUUGAAUUGCGCAUUCUUGCACACUUAUCUGGGGACCCAGAACUUCUGAAGUUAUUCCAGGAAUCCGAAAGAGACGAUGUGUUUUCUACCCUGACCUCACAGUGGAAGGACGUCCCCGCAGACCGCGUGACGGACGCAGACAGGGAGCGGACCAAGAAGGUGGUAUACUCCGUGGUCUACGGGGCAGGGAAGGAGCGGCUUGCUGCUUGCCUUGGGGUGACUGUUCAAGAAGCCUCCCAGUUUCUGGAGAGUUUUUUGCAGAAGUACAAGAAAAUCAAGGACUUCGCCCAGGCAACCAUUGCCGGGUGUCGCCAGACAGGCCACGUGACGUCCCUCAUGGGCAGGAGGAGACCGCUGCCGGCGAUCCACUCGCGGGACCAGCAGCUCCGGGCCCAGGCCGAGCGGCAGGCGGUGAACUUCGUGGUGCAAGGCUCGGCCGCAGACCUCUGCAAGAUGGCCAUGACCCACAUCUUCGCUGCAGUGGCCGCCUCCCCCACCCUGACCGCCAGGCUGGUCGCCCAGAUCCACGACGAGCUGCUGUUUGAGGUGGAAGACCCUCAGAUUGCUGAGUUCGCAGCUCUUGUCAGGGGAGCCAUGGAGUCCGUGCAGCACGUGAGGGCCCUGGAGCUGCGGCUGCAGGUGCCCCUGAAGGUGAGCCUGAGUGCGGGCCGCUCCUGGGGACACCUGGUGCCCCUGCAGGAGGCCCCGGACCCUCGGCCACACCCACGUCCUGCGGAGUCUCCAAGCAACCGCCAGGCCGCCGCCGGGCCCCUGGUCAGCACCUGCACCCCGCGCCUGCAUUUCCCCCCUGGAUUCUGUCUGUAGCCCCAGGCGACAGCGGGAGGACAGAACCGGUUUCCACCGGCCCAGGCCGUGGCCUUGCCCAUGGUCAGCGGCUGCCUGUCUGUGCCAGCAGAACCCGGCUGCAGAGG